AUGAACCGGCAGACGUACAGCAUGAGAGCCGGCGGUGGAGGCAGAUCUUACAGCGCUGCCUCAGCUGUCAUUCCCACUGGCAACAGGGCUGGCUUCAGUUCGAUGUCUGUUGCACGAUCUGGAGGAGGUGGAGGAGGUUUUGGAAGGCUCAUUGGAGGAGGUGGCGGCGGCGGUGGGUUCGGCAGCAGGAGCCUCUACAACCUUGGUGGUACCAAGAGGAUAUCCAUCGGGGUUGGAAGCAGCUACAGGACUGUUUUCGGGGGUGGAGCCGGUGGCGGCGGUGGACUUGGUGGCAGCGGAGCUGGUGGUGGUUUUGGACUUGGUCUCGGUGGUGGAGGUGGUGGAUAUAGCUUGGGUGGAGGUGCUGGUGGGCUUGGCUUUGGUGGGGGACAGGGAGGUGGUGGAGGGUUUGGCUUUGGUGGAGCAGGGGGCCUGGGAGGACUUGGCGGAGGGCUGGGUGGCAGCAGGAGUCCGGCAGGAUUUGGUGGUGGCCCACCGGGAGUCGGUACCAUCCAAGAAGUGACGGUCAACCAGAGUCUCCUGGCACCCCUGAACCUGGAGAUCGAUCCGAACAUCCAGCAGGUGCGGAAAGAUGAGAAGGAGCAAAUCAAGACCCUUAACAACAAAUUUGCUUCUUUCAUUGACAAGGUCCGCUUCCUGGAGCAGCAGAACAAGGUGCUUGAGACCAAAUGGACCCUCCUGCAGGACCAGGGUCAAAAAAACAGUGCAGGCAAAAACAACCUGGACCCACUCUUCGAGGCUUACAUCAACAACCUGAAAAAGCAGCUGGCCAACCUGCUCAACGAGAGAGGACGCAUGGAUGGGGAGCUGAAGAACAUGCAAGACCUUGUUGAGGAUUUCAAGAACAAAUAUGAAGAGGAAAUCAACCGACGCACAGCAGCAGAGAAUGAAUUUGUGGUGCUGAAGAAGGAUGUGGAUGCUGCUUACAUGAAUAAGGUGGAGCUGGAGGCCAAGGUGGAUGCGCUGACCGAUGAACUCAACUUCCUUCGAGCCCUCUAUGAUGCGGAGCUGGCUCAGCUCAGCGCACAAGUGUCCGACACUGCUGUCAUUCUGUCAAUGGACAACAACCGGGACCUGGACCUCAGCAGCAUCAUAGCUGAAGUCAAAUCUCAGUACGAAGACAUUGCCAACAGGAGCCGGGCUGAGGCAGAGGCUUGGUACCAAACCAAGUACGAAGAGCUGCAGGCCACAGCUGGGAAGCAUGGGGAUGAUCUGCGCAACACCAAGGGGGAAAUCUCUGAGCUCAACCGGCUGAUCCAGAGGAUCCGGGCAGAGAUAGAGAACACGAGGAACCAGUGUGCCACGCUGCAAACGGCCAUCGGAGACUCUGAGGAGCGUGGGGAGCUGGCCAUCAAGGAUGCCAAGGCAAAGAUGACAGAGCUGGAAGAUGCCCUACAGAAAGCCAAAGCCGACAUGGCCCGGCAGCUGCGCGAGUACCAGGAGCUGAUGAACGUCAAGCUGGCCCUGGACAUCGAGAUCGCGACCUACAGGAAGCUGCUGGAGGGCGAGGAGAGCAGGCUGAGUGGCGAGGGACUCAACCCCAUCAGCUACUCGGUGAUCAGCUCCAGCUCUGGACCAGCUGGCGGAGGUGGCCUGGGAGGAGGAUUUGGUGGACUGAGCCUAAGCGGAGGAGGCGGUGGAAGCGGUUUUGGUCUUGGAGGAGGUGGUGGAAGCGGCUUUGGUCUUGGAGGAGGUGGUGGAAGCGGCUUUGGUCUUGGAGGAGGCAGUGGCCGUGGAGGCUACAGCUUUGGAAAUGGAGGAGGACUUGGACUCAGCGGUGGUGGUGGUCUCGGAGGUGGAUUUGGAGGAGGCAGCAGUCUCGGCAUCUCUAGCGGUCUUGGCUACGGAGGAGGUGGCAGCGGCGGCAGCAGUGGGCUGAGCACUGGAGGGGGGAAUUUCAGCUCUGGAAGUGCAAAAGGCACCAACCCAGGUGUGAAAAUCGUCUCCAAAACCUCCUCCAGCAAAAAGAGCAUAAAAAGCCAAAGCCUGAAGAAUGUUACGCAGCCUGAGUAA